AUGGUUGCCACGGGGCUUUUCACCCACGAAGACGAAACGUCCCGUGUCAUGGACGAGCUGGUCUCGCUCCGAUACACGGCGUCUCAACUACGAUUCGCUUUCGUCGUCCUCCUCGAGCAGGACGCCAAACCCCGCACUCUGUACGACAAGUACCAGGCACAUUUGAUGAAAGACUUUCUCGACAGAGGUCUCUCCAAGGACAGCGCCCGCCAGGAGCUACAGCGAACGUUGAAGGCAUCUUGGCUGGCCCAAGGCAACACUGAGGACGCCUGGUUUCUACGCCGCCCCGCUCCUCUUUGCAAUGCCCAUGGCAUGCCAGUGCCCAACUUUCCCAACCAAACCCCAGCAACAGCUGCGUCAGAAGCCGGCAGACUCUGGAACCUCAUCAAACGAGACCCUGGUCAGUCCGGAGCCGCCAGGGACGUCAUCGACGUUUGGCGCUCCGGCACGUCGAGGCUCAUUUUUUGCCACGGGAAAGCUGGUUGCGGAAAAUCCACGCUCGCCAAGUACAUCUCCUACUACGUGCGGUCCUUCAACAAAGGCUGCGUCAAUGUGGCCUCUACUGGCAUAGCAGCCCUCGACUUGCCAGAUGGAGCCACCGCGCAUUCCACCUUCAAGAUCCCGAUAGAGGAUGCAGAGCACCUUACCUGCCGCUUGGGCCACUCCUCUGCGGACGCCCUUACCAUCGCAGCCGCCGCAGUCAUCCAAUGGGAUGAGUGGCCGUCUUGCAAGCGCGCUGCUUGGGGCGCGGUCCUCGACUACCUCACGGCGCUACAGCGCGCCCACCCCGACAUCUACUUCCCAAACGUAAUCAUCACAUACGGGGACUUCCGACAGAUACUACCCGUUCUCAAGCACGCAUCGAGACAGGACAUCCGCGCCGCGAGCGUCACGACGUCGCCUUCGUGGCCGUCCUUCCGCAACUUGGCAACUCCGCGCCACUACGCUUCGUGGAUCGAACGCAUCGGCCAGGGCGACCUUCCGCACACGCACUCCAUCGAUGGCGAGCCGGGCUGCGUCGAGCUGGACCGCUGCUCCGUCAUCCACACCAUGGACAACGCCAUCAGCUAUUGCUCCCCCCACGUCAACGACCCCGCCGAGUGCGCCCACCGGAAGAUUCUGACAGCAACAAACGAGGCGAGAAAUUGUUUCAACGACCGUAUCCUGGACACUCUGACGCAGACGCACUUGCUGCGCCAAUUCGUUACCCGAAGCUCGGACGCCAUAGAAUACGACUCCAACAACGACGCCGUCGAAGACCACAUCACCGCCGAGUUCCUCCACCUGCAGGGCGAGAACGGAGUCCCCCCUCACUCUCUUCGGUUGGUCGUUGGCGGCCUCUACGAACUCAUGAGAAACUUCAGUCCGUGUGAUCGCCUGAUGAACCACGCUCAGGUCGCGCUCAAGGCGGUGUGCGAGAAACACGUCCUCGUGGAGCGAUUGGAUGGGCAGCAAUUCCCUUUGCCUCGGAUCUGUUUCCGCUGGGCAUUGGGAAGAGGGGCCACAACCAUCCGGCGACGACAAUACCCUCUACGUCCGGCGUACGCUUCGACGUUCAACGGCUCGCAAGGCACCGCGUUGGCCCGCUGCGUGGUCGACGUCCGCAGAAGCCCGUUUUCCCACGGCCAUCUCUACGUGGCUUUGAGCCGGGUGGAGACGCGAACCAACAUUCGCAUCUUCACGCUGCCAGAGCGUUGUAGCCCAGCCGGCAAAGCUUACUUGCCCUUGACCUCCGCCGCGAUGCCCGCCAUGCUCGCCAAGCCCGCUGCCGCUCCCAGCGCCCUGCGCAGGCCGGCUGGCAACGCGGUCCUCGACACGUCUGUGCCGACGCGCCCGCAGCCUGACGCUGGGAACCGUGUCCGCGCGUCUCUGUACACGGUGAACAUCAACUUCGAGAUGGUCGACGCGCCGACGGAGGCCAACGCAGGCUCUCGUGUGGCGCUCUCGGACGGCAUGAGCAUGCGCAGCGGGGCCCCCGCCAAUCGCCACGGCCUCGCCACUACAGUGAAGAGGGCCACCGACUUGCUGAAGUUGAAGGUGCCGCCCAACGGAGUGUGCGUCUCCGCCGAAGGGCUCCAGCCCCCGCAGUCCGGGCGCAACCCUACUUCUGGGAGGAGCUGGGCCUUUGUGGCGGCGGCUUAUGGAGACAGCGUCAAAGCCGCCACCCUGGCCACGGAGCACGUGGCCGCCCGCGCCGUCGACAUCAUCACUCACUGCUUCUUGAAGGCCGACCUCCAUAUUCCGGCGACGGACACCGCGGGUGCCUGGACCGCCAAAUCCACGCUGCUCAACAAUCGGGUGUCCAUCCGCCGCACGGGGACUAUGACGAACGGCCAGACGUGCGAGCUCAGCGACCUCAUCAACCUGGUCUACACGAUCCACCCGAACGUCCCCACGAAGGUGGCCCGCACACUGAAGGACUUCUUCGGCGCCUACCCAUCCAUCAUCACGGAGAGCGCUGGGCCGGCCCUCGUAGGCCCCGCCUCUACGACCGCGAACCACGGCGUUGGGGCCAUCGGGGCCGCCGCGCCGUCCGCGCCGAAGCGCGGAGCCAAGCGAGCCGCGACGCCGGCCGCGAAGCAGACCGCCAGGAAACAGAGGCUGACAAACGAAUGCUUGGGCCACAUCCAGCAGGUGAUGUUGGCGGCUUGGCAGGCGGUCGAGGGCGCUAAGAAUCUGUCCCAGGAGCUGCAGCUGGACGCCCUCGACGCCGCGGCCGGCAGGGCCGCCGAGAAGGCAGGGCACACGGGGCCCCGCACGGACGGGUCUGCGAGGCAAGCGCCCGUCGUGCAGAGUCGGGGGGAGGGCCGGCUGCGACGGGCGAUGUGGCUGCAGAUAGUGUGCCUCGCGCUCGUGGUGCACUGCGGCCUCCUGCGGUGCAGGGCCGCCGGGUCCGAGGCCGUGCCCGCGCGAUGCCUCACAACCAUCGAGCACCACAUCAAGUCCGGAUAUCAAGCAGAUGUAGAGGCACAAGGCUGCCUCACCACCAUCGAGCACCACACCAAGGAUGCCCAGGCCAGCGGCGUGCUAAUCUCUGCGCCAGGGCCCAGAGCUCAGCUCGGCCCGACUUGCCUCCCCACCACCGAGCACCACAUGAAGGGUUCCCAGGCCAGCGGCGUGCUAGUCUCUGCGCCAGGGCCUGGAGCUCAGGUCGCCCCGAAGCAGGACCUGGAGACGCGUGCAGUCUCCCAGGAGCGCCUGCGCCACCUCUCGACGUGGCUCGACUUUGACGCCACCGCCGUCCAGGCGCAGCCUGCGCGAUCCGGGCGCAGGCGCGCGCGCGCGCGCGAGAGGCGCGGAGGCGACGGAGGCACGAGGGCGGCCGAGGCGGCCGAGGGCGAGGACCGCACGGGCUGGGCCAACGAGUCCAUUAAGGCCAACGCCGCACACCAGUUCUUCCCCUGCCAGAGUGCCCGCAGAAUGCGCAGCGGCGGUGCCGGGGUGCUUGCCGAAGCUGGCGGGGGCAGGGCGAUGGCGGCCAUGUUCGACGCAGUGGCGCGGGGGGAGGUGCCCCCUACCCCCCGCGCCCCCGGCAGCCGCGCGAUCGCUCUUGGCUCUGCGCUGCUGCGGUGGCUGGCGGCGCCGACGCUGCAGGCGCACCUGCCUUGCUUACUCGACAAACGUGGCGGCGCCACUGGAGGCGUCCCAGGCGCAGGGCUGGGCCCGGCGCGGGCAGGGUCGAGCUCGCAGUCGGCGCCGCCGUUCCCCAGGUGCGCGAGCGCCCAGAAUGGCAGGGUCGGGUGGCUCACGCCCUGCCGCUGCGCGCCCGUCGCCCCCGUCACUUGGUUGUCUCGUUUCGUGGGCCAGGGUGCGGACACGCUGCGAGAGGUCGCGGAGAUGCUGUCGCACCUGAAGGAGCAGGACCAGCCCAUCACGAUGGCAGAGGCGUUCCAGAAGUCGGUGGACUUCAAAGCCCUAGGAAGCAGGUACGAGGCGAAUGGAGAUGGUAUGCAGAAGCAGGUGAUCUUGUUCGGGCACCCGGGCGCCCUCCUGCGGGAGUUCGGCGGUGCCAACCGCGGCCAGCUGGGCCCCGGCGUCAACCUUGCCCGGCUGCCGUGGAACGGCCGGCUCGGCGAGUACAUGGAUAUCAUAAUCAGCCUGGUCAGCAGAUGGUGGACGCCGGUCAAAGCCAGCGCAGGUCCGGCGAAGACGACGGAGGCGGAGCUGCAUCCGCCAGGAGCCCCGCUGCCCGCCGUGGUCGCGCGCGUGCUCGGGAAGAGACCGUCCGCGGCCACGGUGCCAGAGAAGUGCGCAGGCAUCAAGAUGGCAAUAGCUGGCGCGGAGGGCUAUUCGCAGACCGCUCUGGGCAUGCUGUGCCGCAACAUGGAUACCAUCAUGGGCAGUUGCAAGGAGGAGCGCAGCAAGUACCAGGAGCAGUUCAUGGCGAUGGUUUCUGCCGUGCUCGACGGCAUCGAGAAAGCCAAGAAGGACAGUGUUGACGCCGCCAUGGAGAAGGUUACCAAGCUCGCGAGCGAGUACUGCACCUGCAAGAACACCCUGGAGGCCGCCAGCGCCGACGUGGCCGCGAAGAAGGCAGCCCUCGAGGCGGCGAAGGAGGCGGUCGCGGCCGCCGAGAGGGAGCAGGCGGAGGCCGAUGCGACCCUGCGGGCCGCGCAGCAGGCCGCGGAGGUGGCGGACGCGGACGCCGCCGCCGCCAAGGACGAGCUUCAGGAGCUGGUCGACGGAGCGCUGGUGCCCUUCAAGGAGUUGGCGGAGUGGUCCAACGUGCCCCCGCCGGAGCCGCCCGCGGCGGCGGCCGAGGAGGCGGCGCCCGCCGAGUAG